UGCAACCACCGCCUCUGCCUCUGGGAGUUGAAGUUCCUGAAGGAGGACUAACGCGUGGAGCCGAGAGCACUUCAGAAAGGCUUUCUGACCGCACCCCGGCGUUCCCCGCCGGCCCCGCGGCUCGUACUUGUUAAACUUGGAUUAGUGGAUGAAAAUGUGCUGCGACCAUCACUGCUGGUCGGGGAGAAGCCCCAGACUCGCUGCCAUAGAGAUUUACCUCGUGACCCAAACUAAAACCAGAAACAACAAAUAUGUCAUCUGAAAUGCUGCCAGCAUCCAUAGAGUCUCCUAAUGUGGAAAAAAAACUGGGUGCGAGUGACGGUGAAGAGGAGAGACAGAAGCCGAGAGUGGAUGCAGGGGCUGAGCCAAUAUCUAAACGGCAACUAAAGAAAUUGAUGAAACAAAAACAGUGGGAAGAGCAACGGGAACAGCGCAAGGAAAAACGAAAAGAAAAACGCAAGAGAAAGAAAUUAGAACGACGUCAGAUGGAGUCCAACUCAGAUGGAAAUGACAGGAAGCGUAUUCGGAGAGAUGUUGCUCGUAGCAGCCUCCGCCUUGUCAUCGACUGUAGCUUUGAUGACUUGAUGGUGUUAAAGGAUAUUAAGAAACUUCAUAAACAGAUUCAACGGUGUUAUGCAGAAAACCGCCGAGCAUCUCACCCAGUGCAGUUUUACUUGACAAGCCAUGGAGGUCAACUGAAGAAGAACAUGGAUGAGAACGACCAAGGAUGGGUCAACUGGAAGGAUAUUCAAAUCAAAUCAGAGCACUAUAGUGAACUCAUAAAAAAAGAAGACCUGGUUUAUCUGACGUCGGACUCACCUAAUGUACUGAAGGACUUAGAUGAGUCAAAGGCCUACGUGAUUGGAGGACUGGUGGACCACAACCACCACAAGGGACUCACAUUUAAACAAGCAUCCAGUUAUGGAAUCGAACAUGCACAGCUCCCUCUUGCAGAUUUUGUGAAGAUGAAUAGUCGAAAAGUCCUGGCGGUUAACCAUGUGUUUGAAAUUAUCCUGGAGUUCUUGGAAACAAGAGAUUGGCAAGAGGCAUUUUUUACAAUCUUACCCCAACGGAAAGGGGCUGUUCCUGCACACAAGGCCUGUGAAAGCUCUCCUCAGGACCACCAGUCCCUGACAGAAGGAUGGGACAGUGCCAGCGAGGGAGAGCAUUGCAGGGAUAAUUCUGAGUCACCACAGAAAGAGGAGCAGGGCCAGCAGAGCAGCCCAGUUCUGCAGUGAGCCCUGUCCCACAGUAACGUCCCCUGUUCUUCUCUCGCUUAAGAGAAACCAGACAGUGAGGUGCUUUGCAGCAUCCUCAGACUGCGAGAACAUUUUCUCUAGUCUAUGUUGUGGAAUUUUAAAUCUAUUUUAAGAGUUAAAUAAUAACGAAAAAAAAACUUUAAGCACUAAGAAAGGAUCAUUUGGUUUUGUGUAAGAAGACUUAAAGAUAUGAUUUCAAAAUUGCUUUAAGCUUCAAAUCAGUCAUGGGGGAUGUGGUAUAGGAGUCUGCCUUGGUUCGUCAUUCACUGGAGCAUAUCCUUCAGGACGUGACUUCUGACCCUUGAGCUUGGUUCUUUAAGUUCCUACCUGUGUCGUUUUAGUCUGAUGUCUAUUUGGUGGAGCAGAUAUUCAUAACUGUUCAGUGCGUCUUCUAGAAUGUUGAACUUUGGAAGGUAUGCUUUUUUCUGUAGCUUCGGUGUUUUGUCUAAGAAAUACAUUAAUUCUAGGAGGACUACCAGUUGUUUGCUGGGCUCAACAAGUCAUUCCUUUUAGACAAUGGAGUCCAUUCCUGUGCCUCCCUUGUGAUACCUUCUUAUGCUUCUGAGAUAGUUACAAGAAUUAUCUUAAAUCCUGUAAUGACAAUAACUUAUUCAAUUACACAAGUUUUGCUGGCUAGAUUAUUUUAUAAGCUUUUUUUGAAGGAUCGAUUUGUCUUUACCUCAGUUUAAAACAAAACAAAAAAGUUAUCCUUCCCAUAUAUUUUCCAUAUAUAUAACAUAUAUUUCCAUAAUGUUAGAUUUUAAUGUGAAUAUUGCACAUCUGCCUCCAACUAAUAGAAAUGUGUUUCUGUAAAUAACAUAUGCAUGUAGGAAAAUAUGCAUGUAAUAAUGUUUACAUCUGUCCAUAUCACAUUUUGCCUUCAUGCCUUAAUCCACAAUGACAGGACUGAUGUAUUCUUUGUGGAAUGGUUGUGUUGAAUUCACUAGUUUGAAUUCAUUAAGUGGGAAUUGAACAGUGGUUUGGAAGCUGAUGGAGACAGAGCAGAGGGACACUACACUGUUAGGCUCUGCACAGUAUUUGCAGAGAAGAAUUCAGAUCACAAGCCCCUUGCACAUGUACACUGGAACUCCAGGGGCUCUCACUGGAUUGCGACAAAAUCGGUUUCUGGUCUUCUUUUUGAUCUAAUGUAUGUGCUGUGUUAGCAUCACACUUAGAAGCUUAUUACAUUUGGUGUUGAUGGUCAGUGCCUAUUUCUGUUUGUUUAUUCGUAGUUACCUAUUGUAGCUAGCUCUUUCAAAGUCUAUAAAUGAAGUAUGUAAACAGUCAUAGUAUAGUUCUAAAUUAAUAAAGUUCAUGUUG